AUGUCUGAAACCAUUGAAGGUAACGUUAAGAUCGACAGAUUGGCUGCAGGUGACGGCUCCUCUUUCCCCAAGACUGGUGACCUGGUCACAAUUCACUACACCGGUACGUUGGAAAACGGCCAGAAAUUCGAUUCUUCCGUCGACAGAGGCUCUCCCUUCCAAUGCAACAUUGGCGUGGGCCAAGUCAUCAAGGGGUGGGAUGUUGGUAUCCCCAAGCUGUCCGUUGGCGAAAAGGCUAGAUUAACCAUCCCGGGCCCUUACGCUUACGGCCCCCGUGGGUUCCCAGGGUUGAUCCCUCCUAACGCCACUUUGGUCUUUGACGUCGAGCUGUUGAAGAUCAACUAA